AUGCCUUCGAUAUCAAAGUCAACCAAAUCAUAUCCAACGAUCAUGGAGCCCAAGGAGCUCUACCAGCGAGCUCGCCUAUCAUGGUUGGAGCUGCUCGACCUGGCUUUCAAGCUAUUCAUCAUCUCGCCGCCAACCUUCAUUUUCAACCUCCUCCAUGCAGUGCCUCUAUGCUUCCUCCGCGGCCUUCCAGUUCUGCCCUACAUAUAUUGCAACCUGAUCCGAACCCUCAUGAACACGCUCACCCCAUCACAGCUGCAAUUCAUAAUGCCGCCGACGGGCACAGUCUACCUCGUCUGGCUAGCCGCGACACUGUCCAACGCCAUUCUGAGGGAAAACAAACCCUACCUCUCCUCCAGGCUCAAACGCGACAUCCAGCCGCUCUCCGACGGGCGUAGUUCCAUCCUCUGGCUGGGCGAUCGCACCAAGGCAACCAAAUUCGUCCUCUUCCUCCACGGGGGCGGCUACGUCCUCCCGCUGGACAUGGGUCAUCUCAACUGGUGCCGCAAUGUCUACCUAGCUGCGGCUGAGGAGACAGGCGAGGAGGUUGCCGUUGCCGUACUGCAGUACAGCCUGUGCCCCGGCGCCGCCUACCCUGUGCAGCUGUCUCAGGCCGCCGAGGCGCUCGCCGUGAUCCUGGACGGGGGCCGGGUGUCGCCCGCGGAUGUUGUCUUUGGCGGGGACUCGUGUGGUGGUCACUUGACUGCUGGCUUGCUAGCGCACCUGGUGCAUCCCUUACCCGAUGCGCGGAAAAUCGAGCUGAAGGACGGCCAGAGGUUUGCAGGGGCAUUCUUGGUGUCACCUUGGCUGAGCAGUGUGGACGAUGGGCCUGCGUUCCGGGAGAACGGGUAUCUUGAUAUGGUCUCAUCCGAGGUGGUAAAACAAGCCACAGCUCUUACGACAGCAGGGCUCGGCGGGAUUCAGAGCUCUGGUGCGGUGAAGGCGCUAGUUUGGGCGAUGCCUGGGGAUGUGGAAGACAACCGAUGGUGGGACGGGUUGGAUGAGGUUGUACGCGAUGUCCUGGUGACGGCGGGCAAGAACGAGGUGUUGAGGGAGGAGGUGAUCUCUUUCGCUGAGACCAUCCGGGCACGAAACCCUGGGGCCAACGUGGUGCUCGACGUGAGGCCUCGGGACGCGCAUGACUUCAUCCUGCUGGAGGGUCAGCUAAAUCGGGUUGGCGGUGCGACGAGGACCAUGAAAUCUUGGUACAAGGGCGUAUUGCAAAGGAAGUCCUGA